GAUGAUGAUUUUCAUGUUUAAUGGCUUUGGUAUAUAUAAAAGCGCACUGGUCAUUUCAAUCAGUGUCAUUUGAUCGGCUAUUUUCAUUUAGUGUAGUUGGUUAGGGGUAUAGUGAAUUAUUUUUGAAUUAAAAUGAAGAUACUCUUGGCAUUAGCUUUCGUCAAAAUCGUAGCAUGCACCCAAUUGCAUCAGAACUAUCUACCUCCUCAACGAAGCUCUUCGUUUUCAUCAUCCGGAUCGUUUGGUGGCAGCCAUGCUAGUGCUUAUUCUGGAGCAAGCUCCUACUCUGGGUCUUAUUCUGGCUCAGGACAACAAAUUCCCAUUGUAAGACUGGAUAAUAUUAACGAAGGAGAUGGAUCAUAUCACUUUAACUACGAAACAGGUAAUGGUAUCUCAGCCCAAGAACAAGGUGAAGCUAGAGGAGACGGCACCAGAGCUAAUGGUGGCUUCUCUUACACAUCUCCAGAAGGUCAGCAGAUCCAUAUUAGCUACACUGCCGACGAAAAUGGUUUCCACCCUGAAGGAAACGCCAUCCCCACUCCCCCACCAAUUCCUGAAGCUAUCUUAAAAUCCAUCCAACAAAAUCUGGCCGAUGAAGCUAGAGGCGUGUCUGAUGACGGUUCGUACAGAAGUGACAACUCUGGACAAUACAACGCUGGAGGAGCUGGAGGAUUUAGGCAAUCUGCACACUUUGGUGGAGGCGGUGCUGCAUUUAACAGAGGAGGCAGUGCUGCAUAUAACAGAGGAGGUGGAUACCAAUAUUAAUGUAAAGUGUAAAGCAAUGUAUAUGAUUUAGGUUGUGUUCAACUACGUGAUAUUUAAUGUGUUUAUUUAAUAAAGUGCAAUUUUUAUUUUUAUAAAACAA